AUGCUCGUGCCUUUUGUGUUGCUUGUGAGAACAGGGAAUAUAUCUAAACAUCAAGAGACGCCACAAACCGGUAUUUUGGAGGUUGAGUUAUUUGAUGUAUGGGGCAUUGACUUUAUGGGACUUUUCCCAACUUCUUGUGGAAAUAAAUACAUCCUAGUUGCAGUUGACUAUGUAUCUAAGUGGGUAGAGGCUAUUGCAUCACCAACCAAUGAUUCCAAGGUUGUUAUGAAACUUUUCAAAAAGAUUAUCUUCCCACGUUUUGGAGCCCCAAGGGUUGUGAUUAGUGAUUGUGGUUCUCAUUUUCACCAGCGACAAUUUCAAACUCUAUUGAAGCAAUAUGGUGUUACUCACAAGGUUGGCCUAGCUUAUCACACUCAGACAAGUGGCCAAGUGGAAGUCUCAAAUCGUCAAAUAAAAAGUAUCUUAAAAAAAGUGGUGGCUAAGUCUCUAAAAGAUUGGAGCUUGAAGCUAAAUGAUGCAUUGUGGGCUUACAAGACAGUUUAUAAAACUCCCAUUAGAACUACUCCAUAUCGGUUGGUCUAUGGUAAGUCAUGUCAUCUUCCAGCUGAACUAGAACAUCGUGCCUUUGGGGCUAUAAAGGAGCUAAAUAUGGAUCUAAAAGUUGCGGGUGAAGCUAAUGGAUUAGUAGAGCUUCGUUCUGAUGCUUAUGAAAAUUUUCGGCUUUACAAGGAGAGAACAAAGAGAAUGCAUGAUAAUAUGAUCCAUCGUCGAGAUAUUCAAGUUGGUGACAAUGUGCUUUUAUUCAAUUCGAGACUUCGACUUUUUCCAGGAAAGCUUAAAUCUCGAUGGUCUGGACCAUUCACGGUAACCAAAAUCAAAUUUCAUGGUGCUGUUAUGGGACAAGAUAGGACGAAGUUAAAGGUCAACGGUCAUAGGCUGAAAUUAUAUGUUGAUGGUGCAUUCUAUUGGUGGAAUAAAGACCUUCUAUAUCCCCAACCCCUCUACACACGUCUAAAUCAAGAUUAG